UCCCGCCAGCGGCGCCUCCUCUUCCUCCUCCUUUUCCUCCCGGGGGGGCCCCCGGCCCUUCGCUGCCCCCGCCGGGAUGCCGCCGCUGCACCUCCUGAUGGCUGCCGGGCCGGGGGGGCGGCCGUGAGCAGGGGAGGAGGGGGCGUCCCGCCCCGUCGAGGGAGCCCAGCCCGGCCUUCUUCGUCUCCCCGCUGGAAUUGCUCGCCGCCGACAGCCGGAGCUGCCUGGAGCCGCCCUCGCCCCCAUUUUGGGAGCGCGGAGUUUCCCUUCGCCGACUUGGGGGGUUCAUCCCCCACCACCACACACCCCGCGGAAUUUCCUUGUGCUGUUUGCCCCCCGCCCGGAUCCCGACCCCUCCCUGCUUCCCGCUCUGUCGUCGGGGCGGGCGGGGACCGUCGGCGGGGUGGCAUGGACGCCGCUCCCGCUGCUGCCGCCGCCGCCGCACCGAGGAUUUAAGCGGAGCGCCCUAGUCGGGGCGGCGGCGGCGGCGGUGGGCCGGAUGGCGCCCCCCGGGCCGCGGAGGGUCUCCGACGUGGUGGCGUCCGGCGCCGCGCUGCUGCUGGUGCUGGCGGCCGUGGCCGGGCCCGCGGGGGCGGCGCGCGUCUCCUCCAGCCUGAGUACCACGCACCACGUGCACCACUUCCACAACAAGCACGGCACCGUGCCCAUCGCCAUCAACCGCACGCCCUUCCUCACCCGCGGCGGGCACGCUGGGACGACAUACAUUUUUGGGAAGGGCGGGGCGCUGAUCACCUACACGUGGCCUCCCAAUGACCGCCCCAGCACACGGGCCGACCGCCUGGCCGUGGGUUUCAGCACGCACCAGAAGAACGCCAUCCUGGUGCGGGUGGACAGUGCCUCUGGCCUCGGGGACUACCUGCAACUCCACAUAGACCAGGGAACAGUUGGGGUCAUUUUCAACGUGGGCACGGACGACAUCACCAUCGAGGAGAGCAACGCCAUGGUGAACGACGGCAAGUACCACGUGGUGCGCUUCACCCGGAGCGGUGGCAACGCAACGCUGCAGGUGGACAAUUGGCCUAUCAAUGAGCGAUACCCCGCAGGGAACAGUGAUAAUGAGCGGCUGGCGAUUGCUAGACAGAGAAUUCCGUAUCGGCUCGGUCGAGUAGUAGAUGAGUGGCUACUCGACAAAGGUCGCCAGCUGACGAUAUUUAACAGCCAGGCCGCCAUCAAGAUUGGAGGCCGGGACCAAGGCCGCCCCUUCCAGGGCCAGAUUUCAGGGCUGUACUACAAUGGGCUCAAGGUCCUCUCCUUGGCAGCCGAGAGCGACCCCAAUGUGAAGGUGGAGGGGAACCUGCGGCUGGUGGGCGAGGUGCCCUCCGUCAUGACCACGGAGACCACAGCCACCACCUUGCUGGCAGACAUGUCCACCACCAUCAUGGAAACCACCACCACCAUGGCUACCACCACAACGCGGCGUGGCCGCUCUCCCACCAUGCGGGACAGCAUCACCCAGAACACAGACGACCUCUUGGUGGCUUCGGCUGAGUGCCCCAGCGACGACGAAGACCUGGAGGAGUGCGAGCCUAGUACUGGAGGUGAAUUAGUAUUGCCCAUAAUAACAGAAGACUCCCUAGACACCCCUCCAAUUGCCACCCGGUCUCCAUUCAUCCCCCCGCCUCCCACCUUUGGCCCCUUCCUAACAGUAGUCGAGACCACCAAAGACACCCUUUCCCCGCCAUCCCAUCCAAGGCCCCCCUGUCUGGCCGACCAAGACGACAGCGACUGCGAAGAAGGGAUCGAGGCCUCUGGCUAUGCCUCGGGCGAGGUUUUCGACUCCAGCCUGCCCCCUACUGACGACGAAGAUUUUUAUACCACCUUCCCCCUGGUCACGGAUAGGACCCUAAUAGGCCGGCCGGAAGGAGCUUCCAAAAAGGCCCAAGGAUACCGCCCCAACCUUAGGACAGGACUGCCGGCUUCGCCCUCCGUCCCCGACCUCCUGACCUCCACAACCUCUCCCAAUCUGGUCCGUAACAUUCCCGCCGGCAAAAUGAACAACCGGGAGCCCCUCAACCCCCAGCCAAAACAGUACCCCCCACUCUCCACCUCCUUUGAGCCCGACAAGCUAAACAGGCUUAAGUACCCAGGUAUAACCUCUUCCCCCAAUUUCCACAAUCUGCCCACAGCUAACCCCACCGGCCCCGGGGAGAGGGGCCCCCCCGGUGCCGUGGAGGUCAUCCGGGAGUCCAGCAGCACCACCGGCAUGGUGGUCGGGAUCGUGGCGGCCGCGGCCCUCUGCAUCCUCAUCCUCCUCUACGCCAUGUACAAAUACCGCAACCGGGACGAAGGCUCCUACCAGGUGGACCAAAGCCGGAACUACAUCAGUAACUCGGCCCAGAGCAACGGCACAGUGGUCAAGGAGAAGCCAGCCGCUGCUGCCAAAACGCCCAGCAAGAGCAAGAAGAACAAAGACAAGGAAUAUUAUGUCUGAGCCCCCCCCUCCCAGCCCCCCCAGCCCCUGCGUGCGCCAGAGAGACCGACACCCAGCCGGCACACGCAGGGGAGCCACCCAGACCUACACGCACCCAAACUUUCUGGAGAGGAGACCACCCAAGCGCGUCCUUCCCCUUCUUCCGCAUCCGAGAGGCCAGCUGAUGGCGCCCUCCAGUGGCCACCUCCACCUGUCCCUCUUGGGUUUCCUCAUCCCUCGUUUACUUUAAGCCCUUCCCUCCUCGCCAAAAGCAAAAACACAAAACACACAAAGGAACCACAGCAAGAAGGUUGCAGGGUCUCCCUCCCUCCCCAACCCCUUUUCCACCCUGGCCAUCCAACCCUGCAGGGUUACUGUUUUUUCCCCUUAGGCAAACAGAGGGGGAAGGGAAGCCUCUGGCCGAGGUGAAGGGAGGCAGCGUUGGCCUGAAGAGAGGGACGCUGGGAAGGAGGAGAAUUGAAGGGGGGGAGGAAGGAUUUCAAGCUUCCCAUGUGAGGUUGGAGCCAGGAUGCUGCUUUGUGAUCUGUCUGCAGGAGAGUCUUUGCCCCUCUCUUUGUUGAGGGGCUUUUGGUGUGGAAAACAAAAAACUGGGGUCCACCCAUCUUUCCUCACCCCACCCCACCCCAGCACCACGCUCUGAAACAGAGAUGCCUAGCUGGAGCUCACAACUCUACAGAACCCUAUAACUGAACUGGGGGGCAGAGAGGACCCACAGCGGCCAAAAACAACCCCUACUCCACCUCCUCCUCCUCUCUCUUGGAAUUAUCUCAAGCAAAGGGGUCUGUCCUUUCUAUCCUUUCUCUCUCUUCGUUAAUGUGUCAGAGUCUUGGAAAUGUGUGGAAUAAAACAAAAAGAUUUUUAAAAAGAAAAACUACUAAUUAUAAUAAAAGAAGCAGGUGGCGUGGAUUUUGCUUGCGCCGUUGGGCUGAGGACUCCCUCCUUCCCAACAGCCAACACCUAGCCUGUCUUGUAAUAAAAAGAGGGAGUAAAAUUGAGGUGGUGUUUGACACCCAUAAAUCAAUGCAGUGGAGCGCAGCUUUGAGGUGCAGCUGCAUUGUGUGUGUGUGGUGUGUGUGUGGAGGGGGGUGGUGGAUCAAGUAUCUCCUGGGGGUUUUAUUUUGCAGGGGUCCAAAUGAACCAACCUUCAAUACCUUCCAUCCCUUCCCCGCCCCUUUUCACUCUCCCUUGGAUCAAGGUGCUACUAUAUUGUGGUCUUUCUUUAAACUGUGUUACAAGCAUGUGAAACUUGGGCUGACUUUUAGUUUUAUGUCGUUUGUCGGGGCCGGGUGUCGAGGAAAAAAAUGUGUGUGUGGACCCAGACGCAGCAGUAGCAGCAAGGACAUCCCUUUGCAUCAAAGCCGCAAGCAGACCUUGGCGGUUUCUCCAAAGGGCGAAAUGGCCAGUGGGAGGAGGGCGAGGACUUGUCCGUGUGUGGUGCAAGUGGUGAGCAUGUGGGCGCAGCUGGGGCUUCAGUGUCUCUUCCCUCCCUGCCCUCCGGCUGCCUUCCCAGUUCUUCCAAAAAAAAGAGAGACAAAAAGGGAGACAAAAAGUCAAGAGGAAGCCAUAGAUAACUCUGUGCAGAGUUCGAUCUAUCUGUAUCUAUAAAUACACAAAGAUAUAUAUAUAUAUAUAAAGAUAUAUAUAGAGAUAUAUAAGAUAUAAAAAGUAUACAUAGUAUAUGGAGAGUUUAAAGGUGGCCGUUUGAAGGAAGGGUCGGGGAAAGGCUCUUGGCUCCAGGAGUCAAAUGGAAGGGUCUGCGAUGGCAGCAAAUGGCCAGUUCUUACAUUUGCCCAAGGUCAGGGCUGGGGAGCUCCACCGUUCAGAUCCUAGGGGCCUCCCCAGGAGAGUUUUGAGGGUAUAGAUGAGGGGUGAUGGCUUAUUCCAAGACGGCAAGAAUAGCCCCUUGGUCUUUCCUCUGGGUGUGUCGGGUGCCGAGUGGCCCUUUGAGAGAGAGAGUUUGGGGUGACCAUUGAGGGCAUUUGAGGGGCAGAGAGGCAAGCCAGGUCAGCUCCAGGGGGGUGGAAGGGACACCUCAACAGUGUCCUCACCACCCAUCUGCUUUCCCAGGAGGAUGGUCCAGGGCAAGGUCCAUUAGGGUGAGUGGAGCAGCCCCCCACCACCUGCCUUCUUCAUUACAGCAACCAGUUUGUGUGGGGUGGUCCUGGCUGUCAGCUUCUUCAUCCUCUAAGUUUCAGUGUUGCCCUUGUAGGGACUUAGCAGGGAAGAGGGAGAGGAGGGCAAGACUAGACUUGAGUUGAGUUGACUCGCUGUCUCCUUGUCUGUGGCCCAGCUCAUAGUCUGGGCUCUCUGCUGGGGCCCAGGGCAUGGAAACAGAUAGGUGGCCUUGCUGCCGCCCCAGGUGCAGGAAGCAUUGCCUCUUUCAAAUACAUCCUGUGCUCCCAAGCCUUUCUUUCAACGUCAAAAAGGGCAGUCCCUCCCCCAGCCCAAAGCAUUAAAAGUUUGUAACGAGUUUUGCAUGAAUCCUCAGUGAUUUACCUUUGCAGGAAGAGCCAGGACUUAUGUGACAUUUGCCUCCCUGCUGCCUUCCAUAGCAACUGAGACUCUUUGUCCAUGAUAAAGGAGCUCCAAGCUCAAACUGCUCCUGGAAUUGAAUCCCGGAAUAAUGCAAGUUGGAGAAGGGUCUUUGGAAGGGUCUGUCAUGCACCCUUGAGAAGAUGGUUCCUGCCCUGUGGUUCUCCUGCCCUCUGCCUAGAAUUGUAGAGUUGGAUGGAUCCCCAAGGGUCAUCCAGGCCAGCUCCCUGCAAUACAGGAAUCGCAGCUAAAAAAUCCCUGGCAGAUGGCAGCCCUUCAGCCAUUUGAAGACGGCUGCCAUGUCACCCCCUCAAUUGUCUGUUAUCCAGGCUAAAUGUCCAUCAGUUAUGUCCACCUGUUAUCUCACAGGGCUCAGGUUUCCUGGCCACCUUCCUUCAGACACCCUCCAGUUGGUCAGUACCCUCCUUAAAAUGGACCCAGAACUGGACCCAGGGCCCCCAAUGCAGCCUGAUCAGAGCAGAACCAUCACCUUGCUCCUCGCCCCUCUUCCUGGCCUGCCACUCCUGCCGCCAUAGCUGGCCCCCUGAAAUUUGGGAUAGGGGGGGAAAUUAUACAGUUUGCAUUUAAAGGCAAGCCCUUCCCCAGUUUGCACUUUUCUGAACAAUCUGAACCAAUAGACGGCAGCCCUCCUUCAAAAUUCUCACUUCUCCGAACUUUGCAGUUUUCUCUGUGCAAAAAUGGCUAAACAGUGGUACCUCUACUUACAAAUUUAAUGCGUUCCGAACACACAUUCGUAAGUCAAAAAAAAUUGUAAGUCGAAUCCCAUAGGAAUGCAUUGGGAGAAAAAAUCCGUAAGUCGAAGCAACCCUAUCUAAAAAUUCGUAAGUAGAAAAAAUCCUAUCUAAACUGCAUCCAAGAUGGCGGACGGAGCUCCAUUUGUAAGUAGAAAAAUUCGUAAGUAGAGUUAUUUGUAAGUAGAGGUACCACUGUAUUGACGGAAAUAGCACACAGAAACACAUAUUGGGGAAAUUUCUUCGCAAAAUGUUCAUUAGGAAAAAUUGCAGAUGAAAAGGUAGGGGAAAUCCACACUGAAAUGGUGGGCUUUUGUGAAGACUUUGGGGGGAAAUCGCAAACUGGUGUUGAAAUGUGGAGAACUGGAUUUAAUAACGGAAAAAUGAGAAGUGAGAAGCACCCGAAUGGAUUGGUUUGCCCCCUCCCUUCGUACAAUUGUUUUGUCACCAUCCGGGCUCAGGUGGCAGCCCAGCUCAGUUAAGCAUGACUUUGCAGAACUUAAUUGGGGCCUGGGAUGGACUUGGAUGGAAGGGAGGAUUUUCCACCAAUGCAGAUCUUUGCCAUUUUGCAAAGCAGUUUUGCACCACUGCAACAGCAGGAGGUCGGGGGGGGGGGGCUUGGAAGCAGCUCUGCCUGCUGCAUGACCCAUUGAAGGACAAGGAAUCCUGCCCUGUAUGGUAUCCAGGAGGCUUUGUUACAGCUGCAAUACUGUACUCACUUACCUGGAAGUGAGUCCAUUGAACUCAAUGGAACUUAAUUCUGAGUAGGCAUGUGCAGGCUUGUACUGUAAGUAACUGGGAAUAGUUGUGCUUUAACCUCUGAUGUGUAUAAAAAGAGAUGCUCAGAUUCGAAAGGAGAACCUGCAUUAAUCUUAAACAAUUUGGCAGCAUUUUAGAUCCGGAUUAAUCUUAACGUUUUAGAAUAUUUUGAAAUUUCACUUUUCCAAGUCCAGCUCAGUAGGAUGCUUUUCAAACUUUUCCAACUUGCCGAUGGAUUUUAAUGCAAGUGGGUUAAAAAAGUUCGCUCUUUCCCAGUGAUGCUUUAAAAACCCUAAAUGCCAUGUCACCUGUGGUUGGAGCUGAGGAAAUAAAUGGCAGAGGCUGUUGAUUAAAAACGUUGCAAGCAAAUUCAACUCUGAGGAUUUCCCCGCCCCGCCCCUUCCACAUUCAUUUGAGGCCUAGUUAUGACAUAACUUGCUUUCAAUGAGUUUGCAGGCAUCAUUAAAUGUGGGGGCCCUAACCUGCAAAGGAAAGGCACCACAAGAGCUGCUCCUUUAUGAGUGUUGGCUGGGCUAGUUAAUGCAGGAAGGGAUACCUCAGCCUCUUACAACUGCUACCAAGUGAAGGCCUUUCCCUUUGGGACAAUCAGCAAUGCCAGGCACCCAGCGCCACCCAGGUCAGGGCACUGGAGCUCUGGACACUUGGAGACAGAGUGGAGCAACUGCCCCAGGCAGCUGAUGUUGGCAGGGGGCAAAACCCCACCCCGUCAGAGGUCAGAACUCUGUGCGCCUCACACAACUCGUUUGGCAUCCCUAAAACUACUCUGGUGCCAUGGAGGGCAUUGCCCCAUUGCCGGUGUUGAAGGAAAAUUCAGCUGCCGGUCCAGUUGACCACUAUAGCUGAUGUGGGGAGGGGGCAACUUGGGCUGGCCCUGGGCUAGUGAGCUUCCACAGGCUGGAGCAACAGCCCUUCGCCUCUCAGCUCCUGCCCUUGCUGGGGCAGGGGGGGGGUGGACUUCCUGAGGUAGCAGAUUCUCUCCUUGAUGGGGGUGGGUGGGUGUUCAUGAGAGAGUGGGUGUCCAGUGCCUGGCAGUCUCUUGGUGCUAUAAAAAUUGUUCAGCGAUCCUGUCCUUGAAUGUAGCUUAUUAGCCAAAUUGAACCCAGUCCUAUAGUGCAGUGGUCCUCAACCUUGGGCCUCCAGAUGUUUUUGGCCUACAACUCCCAUGAUCCCUAGCUAGCAGGACCAGUGGUCAAGGAUGAUGGGAAUUGUAGUCUCAAAACAUCUGGAGGCCCAAGGUUGAGGACCACUGUUUCCCACUUCCCUAUACAGAGUUUUCUGCUGGGCUACAUCAAGGGGGCAGCAGAAACCUUGUUCUGUGCCAGAGGGUGGAGGUGCCUGUGAACCACGAGGCCUGGCCUGCACCCGCUAAGGUAGCCUGGUGCCCUCUGGUGCCAUGGAAGAUUCUACCCCAUUGCCAACACUGGGAGUCAGAUCUGAACAUGGGGUGGCAGGGGCCACCCUCAGGCAGGCAAGUGUGUUAGGGCAGAGCCCUGAGGUCUCCCCUUUGCAGACGGUAUGAAGAGUGUUUAAGGAAAGUGAGGGAUAAUUUGGGGAGAGGCUACUGGUCGUAGAAUUGUAGAGUUGGAAGGGGUCUCAAGGGUCGUCUACUCCAACCCCCCUGGCAAUGCAGGAAUUGCAGCUAAAGGAUCCCCGACAGAUGGCCAUCCAUUAUUCAGCUGGUGAGUCACAACCCACAAGUGUUAGGCCAGGGCCCACUAACGCCAUACAUGUGUCAGGCUUGAAAGAUGCAGGUUCUAGAGGCGCCUUUCCAGCAGUGAAGCUAAGAGGGUGAGGAAGAGAGAACGAACGGUGGGAGAGGCUUGGAGACGGAGACGGUAGCACUGGGUGGUUCCCUUAAAAGUAAUGGAGGACUUUGCAAAACCUCCAGGGGUUGGUCAGGACUUCUCGACUGGAUGUUUCCACGAAUACAGAGAGUGUGCCACAUGCAAAGCAACUUCUAAUUUUGUCCAAUAACCCAGGAUGGAAACUUUUGAACUAUACAGAACUCUUCCUCGUGGUGAGAAGAGGGUGGGGAACACAGCUUCCUGGGACAAAAUCUGGAAUCCCCUCCUUAUAGUUUAUGGGCCGUAUCCAACUAAGGUCCAAAAGUCAACCAGCUUAAAUUCAUGGACCUCUGUUAGGCAUGUCCAUUAAUUUCAAUGGGUCUGCUCUUGAAUAUGACAAAUGUAUAACCAGUGGCAGAUUUAAAGGUAUGCGCAGAAUUAGGGCCCCGUGAGGCUGAGGGGACUCCCCAAGUUAUCAGUAGAUGUUGUUAACUGAGGGGAAACCUUUGAAAUGUGACGUUUGUGACCCUCGUAUUUUAGUUUGUUGUGCCGUUUCUACUCCCUAUUAAUGUCAGUGUUGGCUGGUCCAUUAGGACAACCAGGUCUUAGCCUGACCACAUGAAAUAUCAAGCAUUUUUCAGAAAAAGAUUUCACCCAAAUAUCAUUUGUCCUCUGGCCAAACAGUUCUCUGUACCAACACAGUCCAAAAGUAUCACUGUGGCAAGGAGGUCCCACCCCUCUGUCACCAGGCAGGAAAACAAAUUGAUAUUAAAUGUGUGUCUAUGGCGCUACUGGCUCUUAAGUCCUGCUUGUGUAGUUUCCCGUUCAUCCCUCUUGUCGUGAUAGCAGUCCAGCCUGGUUGUCCCAGAGCUCAGAACUCUUUCUGCUCAGAGCAUGCUCAGAACCGUUUCCUUAAAGGCUACACUACAGUAGCAAAGCUCCGCACCCAGCUUCCUGUGACCAGCCUUGCUGAUUCUUUAAUGCUUAUUUCAUUGUUUGCAAGCUCGUUCCUAUGCAUGCAUGUAGCUCUGUCAUAUUUUCAGACACAGUCACAUUGAUUUAGGGCCCUCCCAAAGGGUCCUGUGGACCAUAAACCUGCCACUGUGUAUGGGUGCAUUCCAUGCAACCCUCUUGUCUUCAUUUCCGGAGUCGGUGAAGCUGCCACCUGUAUGUACAAAAUCGGAGGAAGAAUUCUGUGUAAGGAAGAGGGGGGGGGAGCUUGCAUCUGGUCUUUUAGUGGGUCCAGGUAAUAGGGCAACUAUUUAGUUGCUUUGUAGGGCCAGCAAAGCAAAGCAAAGCAAAAUGACCACUUCCCCAGCUGCUCUCUUGGUUCAGCACUUGCCUGCUCAGUCAGAAACUGGGGGCGCCCCAGCCACACAUGGACAUGUGCCCACUCACAGUUCUUGAGAUGCCUUUGGGCUCUUGCAGGUUGUGGGGGAGACACUGGCCUCCAUUUGUCCAUUUGAAUUGCUUCCGAAUGAUCGGGAGGGGAGUCGUGUUCCUUUUGUGGUUAUUCGAGGUGGCCAUCUCUGGACCCCACCCCCAGUCCAAAGCCAACUGAU